AUGAUUAAUGCUCGCCCCAAUUGGUACUGGCGGAUCUCUUGGCUCAUCACUACACCAGGUAUCACCAUCGCUUUAAUUGUAUUCUCCAUGGUGAGCACCACAGAGUUACAACUGGACAACUACGUUUUUCCGCAUUGGGCCCAUUCGCUUGCCUACCUCACCGCUGCAUUUCCCAUUCUCUGCAUUCCUCUUUGGUUCUUCUACAAGUACUGUCGUGAAGGGGGAUGGAUUCUCUUUACAGAGUUUUUAAAGCCAGUAAACGAAUGGGGUCCGGCUCAAGACGAGCACCGCGCGGAAUUUAUCUCAAUGAUACGCUCCAAUGACUCCUUGCGGCACGCUGUCGGCAGUAGUCAAGUGUGCAUAAGCAGCGCUCACAUCCCGUCUGGGCUCGCAGACCUCGAAAACGGUGGUGGUGGUGGCGGUGGUGAUAGCAGCGGUAGACGUCGGCGCGUCCUCAUCGGUAACAGCAGCGUAGCAUUGGACUCAGAGGGCGGUUUCUUUCAGAGCAAACUCAGCGUUGCUGAGAAACUUACCAUGGCGCAUAAUCGCGAGGUGGCGAAACGCUCCGGUGUCGAUCUCAGUCAUCUUGAUACCGAAGCUUUAACCGCUAGUCAGAUCCUCUGGUCCAUCGUCAGUUUCGUUAAAGUCAUAGCUUCGCUUAUUGAAACAUCAACUCUCUUUCAUGUCAGCAAUUAUUCUUUGGAACCUGAACAUUUUGUUUAA